UCGGAAAAUGGCGCUAUCAGAGAGUAUUGCGGCAUUGAGGAGAAGGCAUCUUUAAAUCACAUAUAAUUUCCCACUUGGAAGAUCGCGGAUUUUGUCCAUUUCUUUGAGUGACAUUUCGAUCUAGGGUAAUGGAUGAAGAUACGGCGAAAGAAAUGAGGAGCUCUGCUUCCCACAAUGCAAAAGAGAAUUCUUCUCGAAUCAUCCGAGUUGGAACAAGAAAAAGCCAACUUGCUCGGACUCAGACUGGUACUGUGGUGAACAUGUUGAAAGAACAUUAUCCGCAUACACAGCUUGAAAUUGUUGCCAUGACAACCACUGGAGACAAAAUUCUGGACACUGCUCUCUCAAAGAUUGGUGAGAAGAGUCUGUUCACAAAGGAGCUGGAAACUGCAUUAGAGAAGAAUCAGGUUGACUUGGUAGUUCACUCCCUGAAAGACCUGCCAACAGCUCUCCCUCCUGGGUUUACAAUUGGAGCCAUCUGCAAGCGUGAAAUUCCUUAUGAUGCUGUUGUUGUGCAUCCAAGUCAUGCGGGAAAGUCCCUGGAUGUGCUGGCAGAGCGGAGUGUGGUUGGGACUAGUUCUUUACGACGAGCAGCACAGCUGAAGAGACGGUUUCCUCACCUGCAGUUCAAGGAUAUUCGAGGCAACUUGAACACAAGGUUAAAGAAACUCGAUGAAAAGAAUGACUAUAGUGCCAUUGUACUGGCAGCAGCUGGUCUGCGGCGAAUGGGUUGGGAGAAUCGGAUCAGUCAGAUUUUGGAGCCUGAAGAUUGUAUGUAUGCUGUGGGUCAGGGAGCCCUGGCUGUUGAAGUCCGGAUGAAUGAUCCAGACGUCUUAGAAAUGGUUUCUGCUCUCAACGACACCGAGACAGUUCUCCGCUGCAUAGCUGAACGUUCCUUCAUGAAACACCUGGAGGGAGGCUGCAGUGUGCCUGUUGCUGUUCACAGUGUCAUUAAUCAAAACCAGCUCUACCUCACAGGGGCUGUAUACAGUCUUGAUGGAUCCGACAGCUUAAAAGAUACAAUGCAAACCAGUGUUUCCACUCAGACACAGGAUGAAGAUUGUAACGUUGCUGAUGUUCAACAUGUUGGGAUCAUGGCAAAGAGAAUACCACACAACUCCCAGGUAGCAGCUGAGAAACUGGGAAUGGACUUGGCCAAUCUAUUGCUUAGCAAAGGUGCCAAGGAUAUCCUGACUGUUGCCAGGCAGCUGAAUGAUGCAAGAUAAUGCAUUGUAUUUAUCCUAAUGUGAAUACUAUAUGGUUAUUUAAGCAUUCAAAAAGCUAUAAAUACGCAGUAACCAAAGGUGACAGACAGUAUCCCUUCCCAGUGCCUUAUGCAUAUCAUUUGCUUCUGUAAGCUUUCACAGUUUAUUGUAUUUGUACCUCCUAAACUGCGCUCUAAACAAUCUAGGUUGUUUCAUCAACUUAACUUCCAUCUGUUGCUGGGAUCCUGUCGAUGCUCUAGUCAUGCUAUCUGAUUCAGUACGUAACCUACAUUUUCUUUUAUUUUUCAAUUAUCUCAAAAGGGUAUGUACAUUUUUUAACAAUAAAGUAGUUAUAAUAUAAAUCAAUUUGUUCAAAGGGUACUUUUGAAAUUGCUGAUUUUGAAGUACCUGUUAAUUUAAAAUUGGAACUUGAAGUAAUUUUUUUAAUGCUGCCUAUGCAGUUUUAUUUAGUUUACACUAUUGAACAGGUUGGGUUUUAGUUAAAAGUCUCUUUAGAAUGUGAAAUUGAAUUUUGGUCUUGUUCCUUUCACUAUUCCAGCCUGUCUCAUUCUAAUAUUUAGUCCUUUCUUUUGUUCUGUUGUGUCAGUUAAUAACAUAAAUGCAGUAGUAGUGUCAACUUCCUCCUUAUGAGAGGGGUAGUGAUAUUUUUAUUCAUUUGGGCAUUACUGGCAAGGCCCUAGUUGUCCUUGAAGUUGGUCAGUUCUGGUUUGCAGCUAGUAGCAUGUCAUGUUCAUUGGUGUUGAAUGAUUGCAGCAUAUGGGUCUUUUGCAUGGAGAUAUUGUACAAGAAAACCAUUAUCCAUCUUGUCUCUAUUUGCAUGUCAUUCCAGGAUAAUGCAGAUCAGGCAGAAUCUGUGAAAAGAGACAAAAAUUAAUGUUUCAGGUUAAACACCCUUUUUUUUUCAGAACCUGUUCUGAUGAAGGGUCUUCGAUCUGAAACAUUCUAUUUCUCUUGCUACAGAUUUUGCUUUAAAGGUAGUUUUUUUCUUAAAUGUGGCAAUAAUAAACCAAUUUACAUGUAAAUGUAUGUAAAAAUGUCUGAUGUCAAAUUUUCCUGACGAUCAUUCACAGUGGACAUUUGACACUGCAGCUGAGUUUAAUUUUUUUGGUUGUCAUCUGUUAUUGUUACAAGUAAUCUUCCUUCUGGAAUUAAUGGGAGAGAAACCCAUAUGGUACCUUCCCAUUUCUGUGACCCAAUAUUUCUCUAGCUGAGCUGAGCACACUUAACAUGAGGAGGCCAGCAUAAGAGUUUUGGAGCAUUUUGAUUUUAAUGUCAGCAUUGGUUACUGAAACGGCUUCUGAAUCAGAUGUGUAUGGUCUGAAGUUCCACUCUAGAGACUAAAUCCAGGCUCACACUCUUUUUUGUACUGGUGUUGCUCUGCCAAAGUUGCUGUCUCUUUGUUUGAAAUAUUGUACUAAGAUCCUGUCUUCUCUCUCAGUUGGAACCUAAAGAAAUUUUGUGAUGAAGUGGAGGGUUUUCUGGCCAUUGCUUAAACCUAAUCAAAACUACACACAUUAUCUAAUCAUCAUCACAUAGGAGCUUGCUCUAUGCAAACUGCUGGUUUUCUACGUUACAACUGUAACUGUAGAAGUAGACAUUGAAGUGUUUUGUGAUGUCCUGAAGUUAUGAACGAUACUAAAAGUAUUUCUUUAUAAUUUGUGACUGCACCAAAUGCAAAAGAGAAAUACAUCAGACUUUUAAUGAACUUUAUUGGUUGUUGUGUUGGCCACUUACAAAGGAUAAUGUAUGUCACACUUUGUUCCUUAAUACCAGGGUUUCUGUUACUGAGGCUUAAGGCUGGAUUAUAUGAAUUAUAUUUUAACAAAGUAGGGUUUCAUGGUGCUUUUUAAAAGUAGGCCAGAAAUCUGAAGUUACUGUGGGUUGCCAUAGACUGCACUUACUUAAGCCUGCUGCAGUAAUUGCAUAGCUUACUUUCCAAGGGAGACUAAAAACUGCAGACCAAAAACAUGAAAAACAAGACCAAAACAAAAAAACAUUGAAAAUCUGGGAAGAGGAAUUUGACUGCAGUGCUCACUGUUCUUAAGGGCUGGAUUUCUUUCCAGAGUGAAUGGAAGCCAGAAUGCCAUGAAAUGUUUGUUUUUUGCUUCUUUGCAAUAAUUGCCAGGUUUAGCUUUAAUGCUGUUACAGUGGAUAGACUACUUUUACCUUAAAACAUAAACACUUAGGUGCCUUCUAAACUCAGACUAGUAGAAAUGUUGAAAACACAUCUAUAAUUUAAUCUAUAAUCUCUGGCUUUCUGUCCUCUCUCCUCGUAGACUACCUUUAAAUUGUGUGGUAGUCGGAUUUAUUGCCAUAGAGUUGGUUAACUUUUCAUAUUUUGUGCAAAAUGAUCUGUAGCUUUCCAGCCCUAACCUAAUGACUGAAGUUACUGAAGAGGCAAAGAAAAUUCAGACAGCAGCUAAGUUCUGUGUAUUACCUCAACCUUGUAUUUUUAAUCAGCACAACCUUGUGUGAAAGAAAAAGAACAUUUAGUGAUCAAACUGAGAAUUCCCCACAACUGGGUACUGGUGAGCCCCACCAUUUAGUUCACCAAUAUUAGUACUUUGAGAACAAGAAGAAUGGGAUUCUGGCUCAACAUGACACAAAGAGUAGUUGUGAUAAAGUGCCCUGUGUCUGUGGUGUUUGUGUUCCAUUUGCAAGAUUCACUGGAUUACAUGAGAAAUUGGGUAUUUAUGCCCUGUUAAAAUGCAAGUUGUCUCUGAUACGAACAUAGGUGAGGGCAAUUGCAAUUUAACCUACCCAUUGGAAACUGCUGGGAUUAAUAGAAAAUGUAAUUACAGUAGUGUUAAACAGAGUUCCAUCUGAUCCUGUGGAAUUCUCCCCACCCAUAAGGUGCAUGGUUUCAGUAUAGUUUAAAAGUAAAUCACAGUCUUUUAAUAUUUUGCCUUUCAGAGAAUAUGGGAUCAAACUUGGUUUUGGUUUAAGAUACAGGAUUAAUGCAGUAGUUGGAUAAGUUCUAGCCAGCAUAGACAUAUUUUCCCAGGUUCCUUACUGUGAGAUAUCUCUCUACCUUGAUUCAUAAACAAUGAGGAACAUUGAUGAGUAAUUUCAAAUGCAAAUUUGAUGAUUGGAAAUGUUCUACAAACAGUUAAGAAUAGCUUUUUCAUUUACAUGAAUAUUUCCCUUGUUGCUAUCUACAAUUCCUCAUUCACCAAGCUGUAGGAUUUUGUAGGAGAGCCUUACUAAAAUGGGUCUCCAUUGUUCACCAAUGAUGUAAAAUGUCUGUUAAUUAGAGGCACAGAAACUGUUGAGUAGGACUGGACUCUCAGGGCCUAAAUCCCCAUAAACACAAUUCCUAGAACACACUAAAUGAUAAACUUUAUUUUUUUAAUGAAAAAUGAUCUUGCAAAAGAAUUAACAAAUAAAAUUCUACUGGUCCGGGAUAGCUUUGAAGCAAGGUAAUGUUUACGGGAAAGUUUCUUACUGUUAUGUCUUUGAUGCUGUAGAUAGUCUGAAAUGAGGUUGCUUAUAUUAAAUAUCAGUAUUGUUGCUGUGAUGUUUACCCUUUGCAGUAAUGUCAAAAUAGAACAGCAUAAAUAAAGAAUUCGUUU